UUACUUGAGCCCUUAAAGCAUGAUGGCAUUCGCAAGCAAAUUGCUGGUUUUCGUGGCGUUUUCUUUAGCCGUUCACAACACCGUUGCGUUGAAGCAGAAGGCGACGCGGAUCCAAUUUUACAUGCAUGACAUCGUGGGAGGACCCCAGCCAACCGCGGUUCGUGUCGCCGGACGCUCCAACUUCACAGGUCAAGACUCGAUUGCGGCCAUGUUUGGGUCCAUUUCUGUGAUGGAUAACCCACUGACGGCCACCCCGAGCAUGAACUCGACAUUAGUUGGUCGUGCUCAAGGGAUUUACGCAAUGUCGUCGCAAGAAAAAGAGCUCAGUCUUCUCAUGACCCUUACUUAUGCUUUCACAACCGGGCCUUACAACGGUAGCACUUUCAGCGUUGUGGGUCGGAACCCCGUGAUGAAAGAAGUGAGAGAAAUGCCGGUCGUAGGAGGCACCGGAAAGUUCAGGCUGGCUUGUGGGUAUUGCCUUGCUAGGACCUACUCGAUGACACAAAUGGAAGCCGUCAUUGGAUACAAUGUUACUUUACUACACUAUUAGCAUUAGCCGUAUUGAUUCUAAUUUCACUCUGCUAUAGAUUUUCAUACACUCGUUGUGAUGGUGCGUUUUUUUAUUCGGAUCUCCUUUAAGAGAGAUGGAUGCUCAAUAAUAAUCUAUCUUUAAAAUA